AUGCUUCAUGAUUUUCAACAGAAGCAGGGGCCAUGGUACAAGAUCGCGAUUUUUAAUGUGCACGCGCCGACGGAAGAUAAAAAAGACGAAGUUAAAGACGGGUUCUACAAGGAGCUUGAACGCGUCGUGGAUCAAUUGCCGAAAAAUUACAUGAAGAUAGUCGUGGGAGAUUUUAACGCGAAAAUCGGUAACGAAGAGUUUUUUAUUCAGACGAUCGGGCCCGAGAGUCUCCAUGAAGAAAGGCCUGAGAACGACCAGGAAACUAAGAAUUUCGAGGUCCUUACGGCGGCAGCUAUGAUCUUAGAGAAAAAAUGGGAAUUUGAUCAGCCGGUACGUCAACUUAAUAUUGAUUUUCAAAAAGCGUACGACUCGGUAAAACGAGAAAAAAUGCUCGAAAUCCUAAUACGACAGGGGAUACCAAGAAAAUUGGUCAACCUGGCUCAACUUUGUCUAAAGGAAACUAGGGAUAAAGUGAGGAUAGUACUGGAAUUCGCUGUCAAAAAACUGCAGAAAAGUAAAGAUGGUCUACAGUUGAAAGGGACCACACAAUUGUUGACAUACACGGACGAUAUUGCUUUGUUAGGAGACAAUGAAGAGGCAUAA